UAAUGUGCAGAGGCAGUCAGUGAAUGAGAGACAGUGAGUGUGAGAGGAGGGACAGAGAAUGUGUCAGUGUUACCAGGGACAACAGGAGAAGCACAGAAUCUGAGGCAGGUAGUGGGCAGGGACACAAGGCACAGGGAAGGCACAGAAUUCCACCCCAGAGCAGGGCCUGGGUGGCACACACAUCUGCAGCCUCCAGCCUCUCCCCUCUGCCAGGGACUGGAGGGGGAAAGAGUGAAAUCUGAGCUGCAUUCACAGACAAAGAGGAUCCUCCAGCGUGCAGAGCUCCAGCCAGCUCCCUGCUCUCCCCUGCUCACACAGCUCCUUGUCUGAAGGGAACAGAGCUCUCCAGGGGUGUUUGCUGGGGGAGAUCCCAGAGACUGGGGGUGCAGGGGGGCAGGGUGAAGGGCCUCAGCCUCUGGAAGUGGAGGCUGCUACAUGAAUUAACCAUUACGAAGGAGGCAACGAUGGGGAAAUCCAACAGCAAACUGAAGCCGGAGGUGGUGGAGGAGCUGACUAAGAAAACAUACUUUACAGAGAAGGAGGUGCAGCAGUGGUAUAAAGGCUUCAUUAAAGACUGUCCCAGUGGACAGCUGGACGCUGCAGGGUUCCAGAAAAUUUAUAAGCAGUUCUUCCCUUUCGGAGAUCCCACAAAAUUUGCAACAUUUGUUUUUAAUGUUUUUGACGAAAAUAAAGAUGGACGUAUUGAGUUUGCUGAGUUUAUCCAGGCGCUGUCAGUUACUUCCCGAGGAACGCUCGAUGAGAAACUGCGUUGGGCUUUUAAAUUGUACGACCUGGACAAUGAUGGGUUUAUCACACGGAACGAGAUGCUGGACAUUGUGGAUGCAAUUUAUCAAAUGGUGGGGAACACGGUUGAAUUACCAGAAGAAGAAAAUACCCCAGAGAAGCGAGUUGAUCGGAUUUUUGCUAUGAUGGACAAGAAUUCAGAUGGCAAGUUGACUCUUCAGGAGUUCCAAGAAGGGUCAAAAGCAGACCCCUCAAUUGUGCAGGCACUAUCUCUAUAUGACGGAUUGGUAUAGGGAUCACUCGCCACAGCUGUGUAUGCCCUGGAUAAAAUCAGUCCUGUGCCACCAGACCAUGCCAGUAACGCAGCUUGCUUACCUCCUGUCUUUACUCCCAAAUCGAGCUGGGAACGGACAUCCGUCCAAACCUGGCCUCUUCCUUUCUCAACUCACUUCCAUCCCCCUCCCAGCUCUGGCAGAAUCCGAUGAGCACGAAGAGUAUUCACAGCUGCCCGUGCCUAACGGUACCCGACGCGCUUUAAUCUUCCAACGUCCCAUCUCCCACCUGCAGCUUCUUGUGUUUUCUUGCACUUGCAGAGGAUUGUUUAUUGAGAAGGAGGAACCAGCCCUUUCCCUCUUGCUUCAAGGACUGCGGGAUGCCGGAUUUUAAGGAUCAAAAAUACUGACAUUUUUUUCAGCUCUUCCACCACUUCAAGAGAACUAUUCCCUGGGUAGUGGAGGAGGAUUUAAAAAAAAAAAAGUAGAGGGUUGCAAAGAUGACUUUAAGACUAAUGAGGCUAUUCCAGCCACAGACAGAAAGGUACUCCGAAAUGAUGAGAUAAGGACUAGGCUGGAU